CGUUGGUGACGCGCUCGCUAAGGAACCGGGGGGGAGGUAGAGGAAGGUGAAGAGGAAGGUGAACGGCACUGUCCGACGACGUAGGGGAGGAGUGAGUUCUCGUCCAGCUCCUCUAGCGACAUAAACGUUUUUUUUGGUGAACACCAAAGCAGCCAGUUGACAAGGGUGUAGAGGCGUUUGCCGUCGUCCGGGAGCGUCUACUACUGAAGCAAAGGCGCUGCUUCAAAGCCCGCUCAGCGAAUUUGCACAUCGCCAUUAUAUGAUCCACCUCCCAGCGUCGCUAGCUUUGCCCUCCAUGUGGGUGAGGGACCUUUGUGUGUCGGAUUAUGGCGAGAAAAACAGUUAGCAGGAAAAGGAAGGCAGUGGAGCUCAAGGAACAACAGCCUGAUUGGUGCCAGUCUUUGUAUAAGCGUGCCCGUGUGUCAUCCUUGUCGCGGCAUGCCCAGCGGUGGUGGCAGGGCCGGCAGUCCGUGGUGUGCGCUAUCCGGGGACGGGAGUUCCGCCCACAGCAGCAGCAUGAGUGGAGGUUCCAGCGAAGCUUGCGAAGCUUUGCGGCUGGACGCAUCCCAGGAAUCCUGCGAGAGCGAGAGUUCUCCUUGGGCUGCCUCAACAAGGUGUUUGCCUCUCAGUGGCUCAACCACUGUCAGGUGGUGUGCGGGACCAAGUGCAAUACGCUGUUUGUGGUGGAUGUCCUCACGGGGCAGAUUACCCGGAUUCCUAUGCUGAAGGACAGGGAGGGGAGGGGAGGAGGUUCGCUGGGCAUGAGCGUGAUAGGAGGCCCGCUCUUCCAUGGCCCAGGCUCAGCUGCUGGUCUGGAUAGCCAGCAGGGCUGUGGCAUCCAUGCCAUUGAGCUCAACCCUUCUCGCACCUUGCUGGCCACUGGAGGAGAUAACCCAAACAGCCUGGCUGUCUACCGACUGCCCACUCUAGACCCUGUCUGUGUGGGGGAUGAUGGACACAAUGACUGGAUCUUUUCCAUUGCAUGGAUCAGUGACACCAUGGCUGUGUCGGGUUCUCGGGAUGGCUCCAUGGGUCUAUGGGAGGUGUCCGAGGAGGUACUGGACUUGGCAGCAAAACAGCAGGCUGAAGAGGGAGUCCCCUGCUACGCCCACAUCUCCCACCGUGCCCUUAAAGACAUUCCUAAGGAGUACACCCAUCCCUACAACUGCAAAGUGCGGGCCUUAGCCUUUAAUAACAACCGAAAGGAAUUGGGUGCUGUGUCCUUGGAUGGGUAUUUUCAUUUAUGGAAGGCAGAGGACAACCUGUGUAAGGAGCUGUCUACCAAGCUCCCAUACUGCAAGGAGAACGUGUGUCUUGCGUAUGGACUGGACUGGUCCGUGUACGCAGUCGGCUCCCAGGCUCAUGUGUCUUUCCUCGACCCUCGGCAAUCUUCUCAGAACAUCAAGUCUGUGAGCUCCAGGGAGCGUGGCAGUGGUAUCCGUUCUGUCAGCUUCUAUGAACACAUUGUGACGGUGGGCACGGGACAAGGCUCCCUGCUCUUCUAUGACAUCAGGGCCCAGCGUUUCCUCGAUGGCCCAUCUAACACACCCGGCGGGUACCGGAAUCGCACUGCGGAAGGCAUCCUUAAACUCACCACGGGGAGAGGUUGGCUGAACCAUGAUGAGACAUGGAGAAGCUACUUCUCGGAUAUCAGCUCUUUCCCCAACGCUGUCUACACACAUUGCUAUGAUGACUCGGGCACCAAGCUAUUUGUGGCUGGAGGACCUCUGUGCUCAGGCCUGCAUGGAAAUUAUGCUGGUCUCUGGAGCUAGCCACCCCCCCCACCUCUCAUAAUUUCUGUGUCAAAGACAUUUCUGUAUACAUACCGGCCAUCGUUGUGCCACCUGAAGCUCUGUAUCAGUCUGUCAUUCAUCUUCAGCUUUCUUCCUUUACAAAGGACUCAGGAGCAUCAUCAUAAUUAUUUUCCGUUCUUACAUUCUGUGUCCCAUCGUGUCUUAGUACGAUUUCUCCGACUUUUCUUUCGCUCAUAUGGUGUGGUUCUCAGCUUCUCGGUCAUUUAUGUCCGUGACAGAGCAGAGCUUUGACUGGCAGUGAGGCCUGUGCUCUGUGGAGCGCUUCAGCCCCCUCCGCUUCAUCUGCCGGCACUUGCCACUGAGAACACUGACACAGUGGAAAGAUAUAUUAAAAUAUUUAACAGCUUCUCUAGGGAAUUGUUUUUUGUUUGGUUACCCCCUCAGUGCUGUCUUGAGGAUUUGAGGAUGGUGAAAGUGUUAUUUUUAGCGUGGACUAUUUGAACAGUCUGUGAUUUUUGCCGUUCAUUUGCUUGCAAUGGACUGAAGUACAAUGAAGAUGAACAGUAGAAAUACUGAAUAGAAACUGAUUUUGAAUAGAAAAGCACAGAGAACCAUAAUGUGCUGGACUAUACCAUGAUGGUCACAUAGAGAUUGGCGUCUACAAGGCUGACGAGAGACCAGUGCGGAGAACCUCUGAAAGAAAUGUCAAUGAAUUCACACAAGCCAAUGAAGACUCCUCUUCCUCCCCCUGCCCCCUUUUCAAUUUCCUUUGAUGGGAGUAAAUGAUGACCAUUUCAGAUCACUGACACCAACCAUAAGAACGAAUUCAGAUUCUCUGGUUGACACCGAGUUGAAAAGAUUUUAUUUUCAUUGUGUCCAGCUUUGAGUGAGACUAAUAUCCACACACAUCUGGUAAAGUUACAACUUUUUCAGUAAUGACUACUUUAUUUUUUUCCAUCCUUAUGUCACUCCUGCUUUUGGUCUUCAGGUACAAUUGUUUUUGCUAGCAGUGUUUGAUUUUGAACGUCACUGAGAGGAAAGUUACUCAUUUGUUCUUUUUCUCUUAUUCAACAGAGGCAGGGCAGUAGUGAAUGACAUUGUUGCCUUUCCUGAGUCUUUCUGUGAAAGACUUGCAGAUUUUUCCCUUUUUUUUCUUUUCUUUUUUUUUUACAUGAAACCUUUUAUGGAGUCAUUGCAAAAAAAAAUAGUUAGAACAAAGAGUGCAGAUGUGACCAUAUAUAAAGCAAAUAACCAUCACUUUUAAAAUGUAUUUUAUAUAUAAAUGUGUAUGUAUACAUAUUUGGAAUCUUACAGAUGGAGAAUACAUUUUAUGUAUGUGUGUGUGUGUGUGUGUGUGUGUGUGUGUGUGUGUGUGUGUGUCUGGACUAAUUGUCAUUAUUUUGGUGGUGCCCUUUUUUAUACACACUACAUGCAUUUUUACAAAUUACUGAGUGUGAAAGUGUACAAUAUCAAAAAGAAUGCAACAGAAAAUUGUUUAAAGACAAAAUAAUGAAUAAAAGUAUUGAUGUAUUUUUCUUCCA